AUGCUGCUACUGCAAGAUAUCCUGGCCGUCAUCUUAGCCUACGUGCUGUAUCUGCGCUUGAAGCAGCGGUCCGGUCGCCUGCCGCUACCGCCAGGCCCUCCUGCUGACCCACUAGUUGGCCACAUUCGAAUCAACCCACAGCACAACGCGGAACGUGUGUAUCUCAGAUGGAGCAAGGAGUUGAAAUCGGACGUAAUCCAUCUCAACAUCCUCGGACAGCCUCUCGUCGUGCUCAACAGUCUUCGCGCUGCUGUUGAUCUACUCGAGAAGCGCGGUGCAACCUACAGCGAUCGCCCCAAAUUCCCGUUUUUCGAGAUGAUAGGUUGGUACGAGGACCUACUUCUCGUAGGAAGCAGCGACCCCGCCUUCCCUGCUCUCCGCGGCAUCUUCCAGAACUACUUCGCCAAGUCGACAAUCCAGCAAAAAUUCGGCGCUUUGCAAGCCAACGAAGCGCGCAAGCUGGUCAAGCGCAUCUUUGGAGACCCAGGAAAAUGGCGAGAGUACCUCUUGAUGUAUGGUACCGCUAUCACCAUACAAAUCAUCACUGGGCACGAGAUCAAGUCUCUCGACGACGUCUACCUGCGCGUCGCGGAGGACGUCGGGAAAGCGAUGACCGGUAGCGGCACACCGGGCGCGACGGGCGUGGAUUUUUGUCCGUGGUUACGCUACCUCCCAAGCUGGUGCGACCCGACAGGAUCGUCUGCGUUCGCUCGCAAGUGGCGCUUCGCAAUUGAGAAUAUGUAUAGCGUGCCCUACGAGCGGGUGGCAGCGGACGUCGAAGCUGGCACGGCGCAACCCUCCUUCAUUCUGUCUGCCAUGCAGGAGAUGCAGUCGCAAGGCGAGGGCGCGAGGACCCUGACGCCGGAGAGGAUCAAGGGUGUCUGUGCGGCCACAUAUGCAGGUGAGCAAACUGCCGACUCUAUCGCCAUCUUCAUCUUCGCCAUCGUCAACUACCCCGAGGUGCAAGCGCGAGCUCAGGCCGAACUCGACGCAGUCGUGGGUCUGGAUCGCUUGCCCGACCUCGCCAACCGCAAGAAUCUGCCCUAUGUCGAGCGAAUAAUGCAGGAGACAUUCAGAUUCUGGCCCACCUCGCCCUUAGGCGCGCCCCACAAGUCGACGGAAGACGAUGUCUAUAGGGGAAUGUUCAUACCAAAGGGCUCCCUCGUCCUCUUCAAUGCCUUCGCCAUCUCGCACGACGAGUCUGUAUACGCAGAUCCAUGGCGAUUCAAUCCCGAUAGAUACCUACCACGCGAGGAAGGAGGGCGCGGGGAGCCGCUGCCGACGGCGCACUUUGGGUUUGGAAGACGUAUCUGCCCUGGCCGCUUCCUUGGCGAGGCAUCCGUCUUCCUCGGGAUCGCGACGCUCCUGCACAUCUUCAGAUUCAACAAAGCCAAGGAUGAAAACGGCGAGGAGAUCACGGUAAAUCCGGAGGAUGCGGAGUAUAUUUCGGGGACGGCGAGUCAUCCGGAAAAGAUACUGUGCACAAUCACGCCAGUGAGCGAAGAGAAGAGGCGUCUGGCAAUAGAACUAUGA